UCCUUCUCCUGCUGUGUGUGGCGAGAAAACGAUAGAUAUAAAAGCAGUCUGCCUAAAACCGCAUGUCGACCUAGCGCAGACUAUUAAAUUUCGACAAAUUCUACCGUUCUGGAUAUGUGAUGGAUUAUAACGGUUUGUUCCCUGAAGAGCAGGUUCAAAUGCAUAAUCAAGGUAGAGAAGAGACGCGGAUAAACAAGGGGUAGAGGUAGCAGGCGAGCGGAGAGCACUUGCAGAAGACAAAGGUAACUGUGCUACGAACUAUGUGAUGAAUUAACAGCCGAGAAGAACAGCUGGGAGUUUGCAGGAAGCAUAGUUUGAAAAAAAAACUCGAGAGAUUGGCUUUUGAAAUAUGAACAGAGCGACAUGCUUUCUCUGCCUCCUCUCUCUGUGGAAUCUACAAAUGAGCUCUCCGCGAUCGGGAAGCAUAAAACCCCUAAAAUGACGAUGCCCUGAAAUAGUAAUGACAGUCAGUCGUUAGGAGAAGCUAAACCGUAACCGUUAGAGACUGAUGUGCUAUUCGUGGAUAGAGGCAGAAAACUAAGGACAAAUGAGAGAUUCGUUUAAAAACACAUUACCAGGAAAUUAUGAUGGUUUGACAGGCUAUAGCUUAGAUGUUUGAAGGGACAUGUAUUUGAUUCUUUGCGUUCAAGUCAGACGUCGAACUCAAGCCACGAACGCUGGCACUCUGAACUCUAUGACGAAACGCGCAAACCACUGUAGUGAUUGAGUGGCUUUUCCCACAUUCUUCUCAUGCUAAGUGUGUAUACUUGAAGACUUCACAUGUUGAUGGAAGAGACUGACAUAGAUCUACAUACGCUAUAGUUUCGACGAAAGCAAUCGACCGCUCGACUGUCCAUUCAUCUCAGCAACUCAGCACAGAGUGUUCUACUAAGCUUCUUUCAGCACCAGGGACAGCUACCAAAAUGACACGGCUGCGCAAGAAAGCUUUCAUUGCACUUUUCUUAUUCACCCUCUUCAUUUUCGGGACCAUGAUGGGCCUCAGAACACUGAAACCCAGCGAUGGCUUCUCAGACCUGGCCCCGGGGAUGGGAGAAUUUGUGGGGGAAAGAGGAGGCGACCGGCGACGGCCAGUUUCAAACGACAUGGUAGUUUCCCCUGGUCAGUCCCAUCUAGCCAGCGACACCAAAGUCGUCUUCACAAAAUCCGACCGUGACUACAGUAUAUUCUACGACGUACAAAUCUUCUAUUACCUAUGGUACGGCACCCCACAGAUGGACGGUAAAUAUAUUCACUGGGACCAUGUUCUAGUACCGCACUGGGACCCUAAGAUCGCCGCCAGCCACGCCAAAGGAAGACACACUCCUCCCGAGGACAUAGCGUCGAGUUUCUACCCGGAGCUAGGACCAUACAGUUCCAGAGACCCCACCGUGCUGGAGUCACACAUGUCGCAGAUUGAAGCGGCUGCAGCAGGGGUUCUGGUUCUGUCAUGGUACCCACCUGGCAUUGCAGACAACCAUGGUGAGCCAUGUGAAGACCUGGUGCCUGCUGUCAUGGACGCUGCCUACAGACACAGCAUCAAGGUGGCGUUUCACAUCCAGCCGUACAAGGGACGGACUGACCUCAGCAUGCAUGAUAACAUCAAAUACAUCAUUGACAAGUACGGGAACCAUGGCGCCUUCUACCGCUUCAGGUCGACCAAGGGGCGGAUCCUUCCUCUGUUCUACGUCUACGACUCCUACCUGACCCCACCUGAGGCCUGGGCCGAACUGCUCCACCCCACCGGCGCCCACACCCUCCGUGGCACGCCCUACGACGGCGUCUUCCUUGCCCUGGUCGUAGAAGAACGCCACAAACACGAGAUCCUGGCCGGUGGCUUCGACGGCAUGUAUACAUACUUCGCCUCCAACGGCUUCUCCUUCGGCUCUUCUCACCAGAACUGGAAGGCGGUCAAGGACUUCUGUGACGGGAACAACCUGCUCUUUGUGCCCAGCGCUGGGCCGGGAUACGUCGACACAGCAGUGAGGCCGUGGAACAACCACAACACGAGGAACAGGGUCAACGGACGCUAUUACGAGACCAGCCUGCAGGCUGCGCUAUCGGUGCGGCCGGAGAUCGUGACCAUCACGUCGUUCAAUGAGUGGCAUGAGGGGACACAGAUUGAGAAGGCGGUGCCCAGGAAGACGGUGACGCGACUGUAUCUGGACUACCAGCCCCACCGGUCAGAUCUAUACCUGGAACUCACCAGGAAGUGGGCCGAACACUUCAACAAGGAGAAAGACAAGUGGCUCAUGUAGAGGACAGGACUCCUGAUUGGACUGAGUCUAUGGGAAUAAUACCUUUUGGGUGUGACUAGAGCAAGUAAAACUGAGGAGCUUUUCCCACUACUGAGCUGAGCCGAACCGAGCCAAACAUUUACAUUACAUUUUAGUCAUUUAGCAGACGCUCUUAUCCAGAGCGACUUACAGU